UUUUGAGGGUUGCAGCGAUUUCAGAUCUUGCUACGUCUGCAGCGAUGUGACCCAGGCCCCUGAGAGCAAUGUCGCAGCCAGCCAUCGGUGGCUGGCUGCGACACUCCCGCUACCCGAACGGCCAUUUUGUGCGCUCUCUGGGCGAAUGUGGGGAUAAGGAGACGGAGACGGAGGUGCUGCUGCUGGAGCACGACGUGCCACACCAGCCCUUCAGCCAGGCCGUACUUGCAUGCCUGCCCCCUCCCACGUUCAGCAUCACAGCAGAGGACCAGGCUGGCAGGGAGGACCUCCGUGUGUUGUCCAUCUGCAGUGUGGAUCCUCCAGGCUGCACAGACAUCGACGAUGCCCAACACUGCAAACCGCUCGACAAUGGGAACGCCGAGGUAUUCAUUUGGUGGUGGUAAUCGUGGUCACGGUCGGGGUAAUUCGUGCCUAUUCCUUUCAUGGUUUUGUCAAUGCUAGCGGAGGUGACAAGGGGAGUUUAAUGACACAAUGAUAAGUGCACUGCACAUUCAUCCUGUCAAGCUGGUUUAGUUCCAGUCAUGGCUAACACCGGUACAGAGUGAUAUCUAAAAAAACUGCCCAAGUUCUCCCCUUCACCACCUGCAUUGACCAUCGUAACAAAGCAAGGUCAAAUGACAAUCGCGACCCAUUACGGCAUGGAGAAGCCCUCAUCCUGCAGUGGAUUGACAAAGGGGUGGACAAUAUUCCUGUUUUUAAGUUUCCAAACAUUGUUGCCUUAGUGCCCGUAUUCUUGGUCUCUGCUCGGCUCAGGACUGACUUCAACAUGGCUCGGUUCUGGCUUGAUCUGCUCCGUUGCCUCCAAAGAAGCAUGAGUGGCUCAGCUGUGCCUUGGCUCACGCUCAGCUCACAGAAAUUCUGAGCGUGGCUGGGAGCAUGCAGGGAUAUACGAGGAGGCACAAGGGACACAGAGGCUCAGGGCUGGAACCAUGCUUAGAGGCAGCUCGGGUUUUAAGCAUUGCUUUGAUGUGGCUUAUUGAGAAUUAGAAUCAGAAUAUUUAUACUGGAGGAAUCCGAUGAGCUAUAAAGCUAUUUUUCACAUGUCCAGUAGAGGCGGGU